UGAUCCCGGCGCUCCGUCUCCCCAUGCUGCACUCCGGCUCUCCGCUUCCGCGGCAGCCUCAACUCGCACCUCCAACAAAGACAGCAGUGUUUGGUGAGACUUCCCCGCAGCCAAUCACUGCGUCGUUGCCCUUGGUUACCACGUCCAUCACGCUGUGGCGUCCAAUGAGCGGCGGAGGCGUGGCGGAGUCCAGGUGCGCCUCUGCGUCCACUUGGCAGAGCGCCUGAGAGCCGCCUGUGGGCAGGAGAGGAUCUGUCAAAUGCGAGCUUCCUUUAAUCAGAGCGACCAGUCCGGCUCCGAGAGUCAUGGCGACCGCAGCGUCUAACCACUACAACAUCCUCACCUCCAGCGCAUCCAUCGUGCACUCGGAGCCCGGCAGCAUGCAGCAAGCCACAGCGUACCGGGACGCGCAAAGCCUGUUGCAGAGCGACUACCCGCUGCAGAGCAACAGCCACACGCUCAGCCACGCACACCAGUGGAUCACGGCGCUGUCCCACGGAGAGGGAGCCCCGUGGUCCUCCAGCCCGCUCGGCGCGGAGCAGGACAUCAAACCCGCGGUGCAGGGCGCCAGGGACGAGAUGCACAACUCCAGCAGCAACCUGCAGCACCAGUCGCGGCCCCACCUGGUGCACCAGACGCACGGGAACCACCACGACGGCCGGGCGUGGAGAACCACCACCGCGGCGCACAUACCGAGCAUGGCCACCACGAACGGCCAAAGCCUUAUCUACUCCCAGCCGGGCUUCGGCGUCAACGGGCUGAUCCCGGGCAGCGGGCAGGGGAUGCACCACCACAACCUAAGAGACAGCCACGACGAGCACCACAGCCCGCACCUCAGCGAUCACGGCCACCCUCCGUCCCAGCAUCAGCACCAGCACCGGCCGCAGAGCCACCACGACCACUCGGACGAGGAUACGCCGACCUCGGACGACCUGGAGCAGUUCGCCAAGCAGUUCAAGCAGCGAAGGAUCAAGCUGGGCUUCACGCAGGCGGACGUGGGACUCGCCCUGGGGACCCUGUACGGAAAUGUGUUUUCCCAGACCACCAUAUGCAGGUUUGAGGCCCUGCAGCUCAGCUUCAAAAACAUGUGCAAGCUGAAGCCUCUGUUGAACAAGUGGUUGGAGGAGGCGGACUCCACCUCGGGAAGCCCGACCAGCCUGGACAAAAUCGCGGCGCAGGGGAGGAAAAGGAAAAAACGGACUUCAAUCGAGGUAAGCGUAAAGGGAGCUUUGGAGAGCCAUUUUUUGAAGUGUCCUAAACCGGCAGCGUCGGAAAUAAUUGGCCUGGCGGACAGUCUGCACCUGGAGAAAGAAGUGGUCAGGGUUUGGUUUUGUAACAGGAGACAGAAGGAGAAACGCAUGACCCCUCCCGGAGGAGCUCUGCCGGGGAGCGAGGAUGUGUACGGGGACACGCCGCCGCACCACGGGGUCCAGACCCCGGUCCAAUGAACUCUGCUGGAGCGCGCUUCCAGGACACGUUUCUCCUUUUUUAUUUAUCCCCAAGGUUAUAUAUAAACCACUGAACUAUGAGACGCUAUAGUGGGUGUUUUAUGUAUAAUAGAUUGCAGUGACACAAUAUCUGCAGUGAAUAUCUGAGGAUUGGGAAAUGAGUGAGGGGAGGACAGGACAUUUUGGUUUUCCUCUCCCAUGCAGAGCUAAGGGAACAUAAGCCUGCGUUGCGUUCUCCGAGGAUACAUGCCCAGCACUGUGACUCCAGUCGACGCAGUUUCAAGGUGUAGCCCCUAUUGUGUUGAAAUUAUACUUGAAAAAGAAGAAGAGGGCAGGGUCGGUAGGAGGGACACCUUGUUUUAGACACACAAAAAACAACCCCAUAGCUGAAUGGUUUUCCAUUCGCCACUUUUAUAUCAGAUCAUUUUUGUUUUUCCUUCUUCCUGUGCGUAAAAGGGAAAGCAAAUACAAAGGCGUUUAGUUUUGUAGCCCUAUAUUGUGCGUCCAGCAGU